AUGGUAGAUCAUAAGAAGACUGAAGCUGUGCAAAAAUGGCCCAGACCUACUUCUCCUACAGAGAUACGCAACUUUUUAGGCUUAGCAGGCUAUUACAGGCGUUUUGUGCAGGAUUUCUCCAGAAUAGCAUCGCCGCUGACCAAGCUAAUACAGAAAAAUGCAAAGUUUCAGUGGACGGAGGAAUCCUUACCAUCAGUCCCUGGAGGAUUUACAGUAUUCUGCGACGCCUCUAGGGUGGGAUUAGGAUGCGUUCUCAUGCAAAAUGGUCGUGUUAUAGCUUAUGCUUUGAGACAAUUGAAAAAGCACGAGCAAAACUAA